UUGACUAUUUUAUCGAUCGAAUAGAAGAAUUCUGUAAUUUAGUUCCCAAAACUGCGUCUAUUCGUCCAGAUGGCGCAGAAAUAGGACUUGAUUUUUUCCAAGAGUGUCCAUAGUGUCCAUCGCACCUAACCUGACCUAACCUAAUCAACUGUCUCGCUGUGGAGCUACAUACAGUCCUACAUAGCCCGACCACAGUAUUUUACAGAAAGGAAACUUACCUCUGAAAAUUUGUGGCAAAUUUCUUAAAUUUUAAACUAUUUAUAGUGAGAAUCUGCAACGAAUAAUACCUUUCUGCUUAUUUUCCGCGAUGAGGGUGCUCUUACAGCGGUUGAGUCACCUACGGAAUGUGAACCCGAUGUUAUUGAGAGGCUCUGACAGUGGCAACCUCGUGCACUGGAAAGCUCUAACAAAGCGUAAGUACAGCACUCCGAGCGUGGCUUGUGUCAAUUUGGAAAAAACCCUGAGGAUACAUGCUGUCAAUCCCCCUGUCAUCAACAACAAAAACGAUAAUGGUCCAGAAAGGAUACAGGAAAAUGUGUACGCCCACAAUUUCUUCCUGAACUCGUGGAAGUAUGCAAAGACCGUGAUGCGACCCAGCACGACGUAUGCUUAUGUUACAAACAAGGAAGCUUUGGAGAUCCUGAAACAGGAUUGGAAUUCAAUGACGAGUGAUGAAACAGUAUCUGCCGUCAAGAAACUGUCCUAUAAUUUUCGUCAUAACAAUGAAGAGAAGAUUGAGUCAUCCCGAUAUACAAAGGCUUUUAGUGGAAUAAAAACAGAAAACAUGACUGAUGAUGAACUGGUGACUAUAAUGCAGCACCUAGUACCGUUUAACAAUCACAUGAAAAACCAUAGUUUUUAUACCAAUCUCUGUAUGCAGAUAGAGAGAGAGUGUAUGAGACGUUUUUUGAAGUUGCCAAUAGAAAAGACAUUGUAUCUUUGUGACAUAAUAUAUCAGAUAACAUGUAAUAUUAACAAAUAUUUUUCUCAAUAUAUAUGGUAUUCCAUUAGGAAAAAAGGCAACAGACCUCAUCAGCUCAGUCCUCAGCAACUGAUUCAGAUUCUGUUUUUUCUAAACAUACAUCGAAAGCCACCUAUAAACAUGUACGAGUUUGAGUAUCAACUAGAACAGUGCAAGGAAGAAUUGUCAAUUAAUGAGUUAGCUAUAGCAGCAUUGGGUUUCUUCAAGACUAGCACAAAAAUUAGAAGUGCAAAUUUCCUGGAAUAUAUCAUCCGAAGGUCUAUAGCUGACAUAACUGAAAUACACAGCGUGAGCAUUGCAAGCAUUAUAAAAUUAGUACGAUAUAGUGUGGAUCUUACAGAAUUGAAACCACUUCUAGAUUUAUUAAAAAUUUUGUCAUCAUAUGAACCACAUUACACAUUAGCAUCUUUAACACAUAUUGCGCAAACAUGUGGAAGAGUUGCUUUGUACAACCAAGAGCUCAUGGAUAGAAUAAUUGGAAGAUUAAAUAAGGAAUUAAAGACUGCGAGGUUGAAGGAUUUUGAAAGAUUGCUUUAUACUUUUUCUAUUCUUAAUAUCAAUUCGGGCAAUAGCGUCUAUCAAAAUGUGAUUGAGGAAUUGAGGACUACUUGGAACACUACUCGAGCAUCAGAGAUACAGAGGUUUCCACAUGUAGCUUCACGUAUUCUAGGAUAUAUGACGAUACAAAAUAUAUAUCCCAUAGAUCUAAUCAAAUACGUCAUGGCACCUGAAUUCGUAACCAGAACAUGCCAGGGUGAUUAUCAUUUUCUUUCGCGCGAAUACCUCGUGCUUGAUUACAGCCUUCGAAUAGAAAUACCCGAGUACGAUGGUCCAUUCCUGAAACCUACUGUAAGAAUUUUUUUAGAAAAGAAAUAUUUUGACUUAUGUCAAAAGACUAACUUAAGCUCGAGUCGGGCGAAUUUGCUUUUCUCGGAAGUGCUGGCAACAUGUCAAGAGUUGUUUAACAACACUACGGACAUAUCGAUCAUUCGUCCGUUACCGUACUUUACACCACAGGACAUUGUUUUGUGUUUAAAUGAGCAAAAUCAGCUUGUGCCAUCAAAGGAAUACUUAUCACAGUUUGAAGAGGUUGAUAUUAAACGAGUGGAUAAAGAGAAUUCAAACAAUGUCAGAUGGAUUGCUCUUAUCUUAGGUCAUCCUGGAUUAUUAAUCAGAAAUUGUCGAGAUAAACCUACUGGAGCCUUAGCUGCAAAAAUGAGACAGUUGUCUAUAAUUGGCUACAUGCCAGUCAUGGUAUCAUAUUCGACUUGGAACAUGCUUCAAUCACAGCAGGAAAAAUGUGAUUACAUCAAAAGUCUUAUUUCGAAAUAAUGAGACUUAUUCAAUAUAAUAAUGUUUCAGAAGGACAUCUUGUACAUCUUUAAUUAGGAAAAAUAUUUUUUGUAAUAUAAAAUA